AUCGACCCUGAGCGAGCGCCUUCCUCUCCACACCAUGUCAUAGCCUCUCCCACCGACAUCCCACCCUAAUCCUCUGCCACGAUGGUCCCCAAACCCCCCGUCACCGGUCGCCCGACCGCGCUGAAGGCCCCUCGGCUGCCGCCAAUGCACAAGUUCCGACUGCGACGACCGAAUAAGAUGUCCGAGAACCCGUGUAUUACGAUCAUGUCGUCCGUGCUUGGAUGCUGGGCGUCGUCGGGAUACACCACGUCAGGAUGUAUGGCCAUGGAACAGCAAUUGCGGGCAUGUAUGGACGCACAGAAAGCGCCGCAGAAAUCGAAGAGCACGAUCAAUUACCACCUGGCAAGGAUGUAUCGAUAUAUGAAGGGGCCGCAUAAACGGGGUUGAUUGCGGCUACGGGAGAAAGAGAAGGGCGGUGGAAUCAGCGUGUACCAUUACUUGUAUACAGUGGGAGCUUUGAAACCGCAUCAUUAUAUGUUAAGCGGACCGGCGCAAUGAGAAAUGCAUGGACGGCGCAAUCCGAUGGGAAAGAAACCCUGCGAUAUCGACACAGCUCGGAAGGAAGAUCGUAUGGUCAGGAUACCUGCAAUGCGCAAAGGAUGGGAAACAGCGCAUUUGGUGAUAGAUUACAUUGGAUGGGACAUCGAAAGAGCAAUCUCCCGCAUCCGAAAACGCCAACGCCGUCUAGUGCAAUGCUAUGCUAUCCGACAUGAAUAAUAUUAUUUCGGUCUCUCGUAUCUCCGUUGCCCAUCUCGACAUC